AGCUUCCUGGUUGUAAACUGCUUGAGACUGCUGACAGCCAGGCAACUUCAAAAGCAGCCAGGAGCGACUUUCUUGCUAACUUUGGGAAGGAAUUCAAAAAUGCUGAAAGGUGCAGAUGAUUCUGUUAUGGAGUAGGAGGACUCUGCUUCCUGACAUAAAGAAAUGGCGAGUUGGGAUAUCAAUGACAUCAAACUUCCUCAGCAUGUGAGCCACACAGACUGGUUUCAAGAAUGGCCAGAUUCCUAUGUAAAACAUAUCUAUAGCUCAGAGGAUAAAAAUGCUCAGAGGCACUACAGCAGCUGGGCAAUGAGAAACACCAACAACCACAACUCUCGCAUCUUAAAAAAGUCCUGCCUUGGGGUGGUGGUUUGUGGCAAUGACUGCUCUACCUUGGAUGGGAGGAAGAUCUACCUAAGACCAGCCAUAUGUGAUAAAGCCAGGCAAAAACAACAGCGGAAAUGCUGCCCAAACUGCAAUGGACCUCUGCGACUCCUUUCCUGCCGAGGCCAUGGUGGUUACCCAGUUACCAACUUUUGGAGGCAUGAAGGCCAAUUCAUAUUUUUCCAGUCCAAAGGAGCUCAUGACCACCCACGUCCAGAAACAAAACUAGAAGCAGAAGCAAGAAGAUCAAUGCAAAAAGCAAAGACAGCUUUUUCUCCAUCUUCUCUAAGACUAAAAAGAAUCCAGGAGAUUGAGGUAACUCUUGCUAUUGGUCAAUGA